GUUUAUUUGAUCUUGGUUUUGAUCUUCAUCUGUUUGGUUUCUGUUGGUUUUGCUGCUUUGAUUGGGUUGCUAUUGAUCUGUUUCUGACGAGUAAGACUGUCUCUGCUUGAGAUCCAAUUCCAUUCUACCUCUUCCUCCUUCAUCAUGAACACAACCAACUACACUCUUCCUGGAGUGAUGAACUAUCUCCAAUCUGAGUUCACUCAGAUUGAAAAAUAUAAGAUCUCAAACUCCCUAGAAAAGUCUGAAAUGAAGUUUAAAAUAGCCAAGUUGGAAGGCAUCAAGUCCUCCUUGAUCUUGCUCAACAACAAAUUAAUCAACAACAUCAACGAUCUAAAAGAGGACAACCUCAAAAACUUAAGGAUAAUCAACCAAUUAACUCUAAAAAACUCAAAAUUGAAAGAAAGAAUUGAGAAACUAGAAUUAAAUAAAGAACUAACUUUAAAUCUUGAUAAUGACGACCAUUUAAAGGACUUGAAAUCAAUAAAUUCAAUCCAGAAUUUUGAUGAAAUUGAUGAUCACGCAUCUAUCAACACUCGCUUAAACAACCAUAAUCAAAACCACGAUCACAGUCAUACCCGUAGUCGUAAUCUACGAAACAACUUCAAUAAUGACCCUCAAAUUAAUAAAAAUACCAUAGACCAUAACAUAGAUAACGAUAACGAUUUGGAUCCCGACCAUGAUCUAGAUGAUGAAAACUACAACGAUAUUGACAUCGAUAAGGAUAUUGAUGAUAUCGAUGAUAUCGAUGAUGAUUUUGAAAAUAGUAAAUUGAUUCACGAUUUUUAUAAUGGUAAUGACAAUAAUAACACCAAGACCAACAAAAAUAACCAAAAGGAUAAUACAACAAUUAUCAAUAACACCAAAUCUGAAAAUAAUGAUAACAACUAUUGGGAUUUUGAAAAUCUGUAUAACCAAUUUAACGAUAAUAAUAACGAUAAUGAUAAUGAUAAUGAUAAUGAUAAUGAUAAUGAUAAUGAUAAUGAUAAUGAUAAUGAUAAUGAUAAUGAUAAUAACAAUAACAAUAACAAUAACAAUAACAAUAACAAUAACAAUAACAAUAACAAUAACAAUAACAAUAAAAACCAAAAUGAAAUCAACAACAAAACUAAACAAAAAAAAACUAAAACUAAAACUAAAACUAAAAACCCAAUCGAAUCAGAAAAAAAACAAAUUCUUAACAUUUUAAACCCAAGAUUGAAAUCGGCUGAAGAUGAUUUCUUACUCGAAAUUAACCAAAUAAACCAAUUACUAAUUGAUAACGAAAACUCAAACAACGUCAGUAAUAACAACAACAACAAAAAUAACUCUAAUACAGAGUUGCCCCUAAAUAAUUUGAAAUCAACAGAAAUCCUAUUGAAUAAUUUAUCCAAUUUAGAAGACUCAAAAGACGUUCUAAAUACAAUCGAUUUAACCCCCUUAAUUCAAUCAAGAAAUUUCUUGCAAUCUUGUAUGAAAGAAAUAUUCUAUUUAUUGAAAAAUGGUUCCGGUUCAAUUCAAAAUAAUAUCAACAUCAACCUAAUUAAUUCCCAAAAUCCUGAUGAUAUCAAUUUCCAAAAUAACAUGAACCAUCUCAAUAACCAAAAUAUGCAAAAUAGUGAUGACCAAAAUCAAGACCAAUUUGUUCAAAUACGUUCAAAUGAGGAAAACACAAACUUAAACACUUUUGAUCGCUUCAAUUAUUCAGAAAUCGAAGAACAGGUUCUUAAAUUAAACGAUUUAAAUUCCCCUUUUGAUCCAAACGAAAACAUUCGUUCUCCCCUUAAAAAAGACUAUAUCGACAAUAACAACAACAAUAACAACAAUAACAACAAUAACAUUCAUAAUGAAAAAAUUGAUCAUGAUAUAUUUGAUGUUCAAAAUAAUAACUCAAAAUCAAGAUUAAUGGAUAAUUUAACUGAUUCGCCUCCAAUGAAAGAAGCCCCUCAAAUAGUCAAUCCAAAUAGAAAAUCAAUUAAUGGAAUCAGUGAUUUAGAUGAUGACUAUGAUGACAAUGGUUUUCACACCUCAAAACGAUUUAAGUCCCAAUUUAGUGACCAUCAAUUUGCCAACCAAUUCGAUGAUCAAUUUAUUUUACAGAAUUUAGAUUUCAAUUCAAAUAAUCAAAAUAAUGAUUACGAAACAGAUUUAGAAACUAUCGUCGAUGAUAAUGAAAUCAAUGAAAAUAUUGAUAACAAUCAAAUUCAAUCAAAUAAAUCUCAAAUUAACCAGAUAAAUGAUCCAAAUAAUACCAACAAUACUAAUACUAAUAAUACUAAUAGCACCAAUAACAGUAACAACAAUGAUAUUAACCAAGAUAAUGAUACCAGUAAAAACGAAGUUCAUAAUCAACUCGAAGAAACAACUAAAACCAAUAUUCAAAAUGAAAUUGAAAUAGAAAAUGCUCUAACUAAAACUACAUUUACUUCAAAAACUGAAAACCCCGUACUUACUCUAGAUAAUAAGGCAAUAAUUUCCGACAUUUUAGUUAACAAUGAAAAUAAUCAGCUCUUGGUUUAUUCAAAUUCAUCUGAAUCAAUUCUAAAAAAUUUUGAUUUAGAAACCUUAGCUACAAUACCAAACUCUGAAAAAUUAUUUAAUACUACAGAUAAAUCUUCAAUUAUAAAAAGUUUAACAAAUAAUAUCACAGAAUAUUCAAUUAAUAAUACAAAAAAUGAUCUAAAAAUUAAAUGGCUAUCAAAUGAAUUUAAAAAUAAUUUUAUGACUUUCAAUACUAGUAACAAAAUUUUAAAUAUUUGGGAAUACGAUAAAAAUUUUCCAAUUAAAGAAAUAAAUUUAAUCGAUGAUUUACACAAUUAUAUUAAUGAUAAUAAUGAAGAUUGCUCUUUAGAAUUUGAAAUGCAUGAUCAAAAUUUGAUUGAUUUCUCAUUUAAUGAUAUUUCUAAUCAAAUACUAAUUGUUUUAAAUAAAAAUAUUAUAAUAUAUUCAAUAAACUCUAAUUUUACUGAGAUUAAAUUAUCCAAUUUUAUUCUGUUGCCCAAAAAUAGUGAUUCUCUUUCAAAGGUCAAGGAAAAUUUAGAUAAAUCUGAGGAUGAGACCAAUGAUAAGAUUGAGGUUAAGGCUGAGGUUAAACCUGAGGAUAAGUCUGAAGAUAAUCAGGCGAUAAAAACAGUUAUUUCAAGUUCUAAAUCAUUGAUUUUAUUAUUGUCCAAUUGGAAAUUAUUAAAAUUUGAUAUAUCACUCUUAAAAUUCACUACAUUUUUUGCUAAUAAUGCAGUUCAAGAAGAUUUUACUCCAAAUGAUGUUUAUCCAAUUAGAAUAUUUAAUUUAGAAGACGAUUUUUCGUCAAAUCAAAAGAUCUAUUCUAUUGAUGAUAAUAACAUAUUGGUUCGUGGUUUCUAUAAAUCUAAUUCCCAAAACGAUAUUUUAGUAUUGUUUAAUUUAAUUGAUGAAAUCUAUACACCAUAUGAUCUUGUGCUUGAUUCAAAUGAAACUGGGGAGAAUCAGUUAAUGUGCAUUAAAGUCACCGAGAUGCAUAGAAAUAGAGAUACUUACCAAAAUGGUGAUUUAUUAUUAUUAAGGUAUUUUCCAGGUGAAGGUUCAAUUGAAUGUAGAAAUUUGAAUAACAAUUGUUCAAUCGUUUCUUCAUUUGAAUUGUCAAAUGGGAAUGAGCAAGAAAAAGUUAAAGACAUUUCAUUUAACCUUUACAAAAUUGAAAUCGGUGAGUUGGUUUUGAUAGUUAAACUUAAUGAUCUCAUUCAAUUUUAUAUUAUUUAAAAUAGAAAAUUUUUAAACUGCAUUUGAAAUAAUUAUCUUUCAGGUUUUCAGGUCUCC